ACUUUUUUGGGGUGGCCAAAAGUUCUUUUUCUACAUUUGUAUACAGAAUUCUGGAUUAUCGUAAAUGAGAAGAUGCGAGACUCUGUUGGUUCUUCUUGUGGUGCUGAUAAUUCAAAUCAGCCAAGAACGGCCCACGUCGUCAAAUCUUCACAAUCAAAAGCAGCAGUCUAACGCCUCGAAUGUUAUCCGGAAAAUACCUCGCUCUGAUGAACCCGGUCCGGAUGCUAAAGGGGAUCUUAAGCUGCUGCAUGCGCCUUGCGAGUUUGAUUUGAUUAGAUACACAUCGAUUAACUACUUCCCAAGGCAUUGCCUGCCCGUCUACACAAAUCGCCAUGUGAAUGAGGAGUGGUAUCGACUCUAUCGCACCUACGACACCGAGGGCUUUGUUUUUGGGCAGUUUUACGAGCGGCUCAAGCGUUACGAACUGGACUAA